AUGUCAGGAGGGUCUACGGCUGCUCUUAUGGCACUAUUGAGACAAAAUCACAUAGACGAAGAAUCCAAUGAGGUCCCACCCAAGAAGAAGAUAAGACGAGAGCCAAAGGCUCCUAAUUUCGACAAUCCAACAGAAAUUGUCACAUUUUUGAUUGGGGAAGAAGGUGAAGAGGAGAAGUUUCUUGUUCACAAAGAAUUUGCAUGCGCAUAUUCUCCAGUUCUUAAAGCGGCAUUUAACAGCGCCUUCAUAGAAAGCCAGACUCAAACCUUCCGCAUGAGAGAUGUUCCAACCAAAAUAUUCCGUAUGCUUCUCAAAUGGUUCUAUACACAAAGGAUCGAGAAACUUGACCUUGCCGAUAUUGACGACUCGACUCGUGGAGAACUUGCCGAGGAGCAUAACCUGAAUUUGGUACACUUAUGGGUUAUAGCUGACGAGCUACUCAUCCACAGACUACAAAACAUGGUCAUCACGGCUAUUGAAGACUUUAGGAAGAGUAACAGCAGCCUUAAGACCACCAAAUGGUUUCCGUUUGUGUACCAAAAUACACUCGACAACAGCCCAUUGAGGCACCUUGUCGUUGAUACGUGCUUGUACGAGUACAAUUUUCAAAACGAUGAAGGUCCGCAUCUUGUGGAACAGCGACCUGAUGACUUCCCACAGCAGUUGCUUCUUGAUGUAUUCAAGGAGACUACUAAAGCAGUGAAGGUGGCAAGAGUUCACAAUAAUUGGUACAAUUAUCCUCCUCCAAAUCCAGAUGCACGACCAUGGUAUAUCUGCGACAGGAAUUGGAGAGAUCAUAUGGUUGAGGAAAACCCUCAAUAG